AUGAUCACGCCAAGGUUUGAGAUAUCUCAAGAUUCGGAUUAUAUCUACAUCAAAAUACACAUUUCUAACAUCAGGUUCAAUUCACAGGGGUUAGAAUUGCUUGUUGAUAAAAACCUUUUUAUUUUUUAUUUGUCACCGUAUUAUCUAAGAUUAAGGUUUGAUAACGAAUUGCAAAACCUUGAUGGAGAAACAGAAGAUAAUGGUGAGACAGAUGCUUCAACAAGGGUAACUGCAGAAUAUAAAAGUAAAGAGGAGCGUAUUGAUGUUAGAAUACCAAAAUUAGUAUCUGGAACAGAAUUUAAAGAUUUAGAUACACCAUUAAAAUUAUUAGCCAGAAAAGGUGAUAUCUUGGCAACUAAUCAACAACAAAAAAAGGAGCUAGGAUCUAUUUCUAAGGGGCCUUUGAUUCAAGAAGUUGAAUCCACCGCCAGUAAGAGCAACAUUGAGCCAUAUGCUCAUGAAAAUAUUGAAGAUAUUGCUAAGGAUGGUGAAGAUUUUGAAUGGGAGAUUAAGCAAACAUUGAAUUUGGGAGAUGACAGUGACACCAAUGGUGUUGCGAAUAUUGCCUUUAAUAGAAUUGGGUUUGAUAAUCAAUAUAGCAGUGAUAUAAUUGAGAUAAGUUGUUCUCAUGGCAAUGAUAUUAAUGAAGUUGCUUUAUCAAGCUUAAAAACCAAAUCAGCAAAUGAACGUGUAUUAGAACGCAUUGCCAAUGAAAACAACAAAUUUGAUCCAGAUUACUAUGCUUCGGAAUAUAUGACAUUUGUACAUGGAACUGAAGAAGAUUUGGAAAUUAAUGGGAUUAAAACUAUAUUAAAAUGCAUACCUGUAAUACCUAAAUUGUAUUUACUAUGGUUUAAGGAAAAUGGAGGGAAUAACGCCAAUAAAAACGGACAUAAAUUUUUUGUAGAAUUUUCUAAAGAAGAACAGAAUCAAAUGAGUGAUAAUUUGCCUAAUAAGACGUAUUUUGUAGAUGAUGUCAAACCACUAUAUUUAACAAUAUUAAGUUUACUAUUUGCUUAUAUGUAUGAACAGUUAGAAAACGAAUGUCAACAUAACACGGAAUCUGCAUGGACAAUAGGCAAAUUGACGCCUCAACUAUCUAAUUUAGAUCAGCAAUUAAUAUUGAAGGAUAUAUCGGCACCUACCAUAAACGUUGUUAGAGAAGCUAUAAUUAUAGGUCUUAGAAAGGCUGUGGCAUAUCCACUACAUAGAAAUUAUGAAUUAGGUAUGAAAUGUUGGGAUUACGUUUACUAUACUUUGUUAGGUGGUUGUAAGUUGGUAGCUAAAGUGUUAUUGGAUAUACAUGAAUUAUUUAGAUUUCACGAUGUUUAUUAUGUUUAUAACAAGAUUUUGCUAGAUGAUUUAUGUUCUUGGUUUAUUAAGUAUGGAAAUGAAAAUGUCAUUAAUAAUUUAGCCAACGAAGUAAAGAUUCAAAUUAGAAAUGAUCGAAUAAAGAAAGGAGAUAUCCAAUUCGAUUGUGUAACUGGUAUCAAUGAAACAAAUGGCGAGGUUGAAUAUGAAAAAAUGAAUUUAGAAGAAAUAGAAUCCAUAGCUGAAAAACAAUAUUCUGAACUAUUAGAACAACAAGAAUUUGAAGAGCAGGAUUGA